AUGCGUUAUUGCAUUAUAUUUGCUUUGAUUUUUGCAAUUAGUGCACACGCCGAUAGAGUCUUGGAAGAGGUAGCAGCCAACACACUUCUGCAGCCGAUAUCUGUUGAAGAACAUGCUGCUAAAAGCAAUGUAAAGCCUAACAGUCUGUUAGAUGUGGCGGAUGUAGGCGGUGAACAGGCUGGAGAUGCUGAGCGAGUCGCACGCAGCUAUGGCUGGGGCGGUUACGGUGGCUAUGGCGGUUACGGACACCGUUAUGGUGGUUAUGGCGGCUAUGGUGGAUACGGUUACAAACGUUGGGGUGGCUAUGGUUAUCGCCCUUAUUGGGGCUACCGCAAGCCCUACUACUAUGGUCAUGGCUAUUGGGGUUGA